AUGAACUCAGUUUGUACUUGUAAAACUGUAGCCAACAAAAACGACAAGCUGGUAAAGUGCACUAAAGUGGACUGCCCUAAUGGGACGUUUUUCCAUUUGCCAUGUCUGGGAAGGAAGAGAAUGCCAAAUAACAGUAAAGUUUGGUUUUGUCCAGCUUGUAUGAUGAGUAAUGCACAAAAGCCAACUGAGGGUACAGCCCCUAAGCCAGCAGCCAUGCAUGUCACAGCAAACACCAGGCCAACUGUCACAUAUGUCUCAACAAACACCAAGCCAACUGUCACACAUGUCUCAACAAACACCAAGCCAAUGGUCACGUAUGUCUCAACAAACACCAAGCCAACUGUCACACAUGUCUGUACAAACACCAAGCCAAUGGUCACGUAUGUCUCAACAAACACCAAGCCAACUGUCACACAUGUCUGUACAAACACCAAGCCAAUGGUCACGUAUGUCUCAACAAACACCAAGCCAACUGUCACACGUCUCAACAAACACCAGGCCAAUGGUCAUGCACGUCACAACCAACAACGAGCCAACAGCCAUGCAAGUGUCACCGAACACCAAGCCAACAGCCACGCAAGUGUCAACAAACAUCAAGUCAACAGCCACGCAUGUCUCAGCAAACACCAAGCCAGCAGUCACACAAGCCACAACAAAAGCAGAACCAACAGAAAGUUCUGGCAGUGAAGAAGUAACAUUUGUGAAAACUGUCUUAAAGAAGAGGCCUCCUCGUGACAAGUAUGGGCCAGAGGGAAAACUUGGCAAGUAUGAAUAUGACUUAAUCUCCUCCCCAAAUGGAUGGUUGGACUGUGUCAUUAUACAUGAAGCCCACAUACUACUGAAGAAAAUCAGUACAAGCAUACAAGGAUUUCAGAGGCCUACUCUUGGUCCAGUCCAUCAAUUUGACAUAAUGACAAGACCAUUUAUUCAAAUAGUCAACAUCAAUAAUAAUCACUGGGUAUGUUUUUCUAGCAUAAAUAGUCCUCCA